AUGGGUGACGUUGGUCGCGGCUUCAGGCCCAUUGCUCCUCGGACAUUACCUCCAGGUGGCGGCGAGGGAAGCCAGUCACCACUUGGCAACAGUGGCGGAGGCCAGCCGGAAGAUGGCCGGAUGAAGAGAGCUUCCACCGCGUGUAAAGAGUGCCAAAAGCGCCGAACUAGGUGCUCCGGACCACCAAUCUGCUCAGAAUGCAGCCAGCACAACAAAGAAUGUACCUUUGAUGAACAGGCCGACAGGCGACGCAAGGCAAAUGCCCGGCGCACCCAGGAAGAGCUGGCCACCUUGACCAUUUUCACGGAUCAGCUUCUGAAGGUCAUUCGGGAAUACGACGGGGCGAGCAUCCAGCGCAUCAUCGACAAGAUCCGCAGCUCUGCGAGCCGCGAGGAAAUCCAAGCUGAGCUGGAUCUCAUUCUCAACAGGCCGCCACAAGAGUUUCCGCAACCCUCCCUCGCGCAACCCUCUUUUCCUCUGCCUCUACAUCCGCAGCCACAAUCCCAUCAACAUCCACUGCAACAUCCACGGCAGCAUCCUCAUGCUCACCCUCAUCCACAUGGCUCCCCCCAUCCACACCAGCAACAUCCAUUAUCUCUAGCUCCCCCCAGUCAGGUUUCUUCAGAUUUCCACCAACAUAAUCCCCACCCUUAUUAUGACCAGCGAUAG